UAAUUUGCUUUAUAGGUAUCCAUGAAGAUUGCAGAUUACAUUUUAAGGGUGACCCUGUUCCUAUUAAAGUUCCUAAUUUGCCACUGAGGACAGUGGCAUGUCACAAUUGAUUCUCCAUCAUACCAGACAAUCUUUGGAAACAAGGUGUGGCAACGCCACACCUGGGUGAAACAGUACAAAGGUGGAACAAAAACCAGGUGUUUCAUUUCAUUACAAAUGCCAUCUAAUACCGGUCAUCUUGUUGAUCGUCUCAUUGGGUUGAUAACAAGCGGCUGUCAUAAAGGCUAUCUGUUACAGUCAGCUCAUUUACAUUUUACUGCUUCAGGUUUUCCUUUCUUGAUGGGUACCCUCCACGGGUUCGUUGGCCUUUUUUUUGGCCUUCAGAUCGUCACACUUGCAAUGGGCUUUAGUAGUGGGGGAUUUGUUCAGUCUUGCACUUCCCUGUUGCCUGACCAUUCAGAUUUUACCCCACAGAACAGCGAUAUACCUUUUGAGGUCAAUGCCAUCGCCGGUGAGGGGGAGUCAAUUAUCGUGAGUCUAGGAAUCAGGGUGUCUCCUGGACCAAUUCCACCAUUUACAGGGUUCAUGGUGGAUGUCCGGAAGUCAGAAAUAGAUCCAGCCAAAGGAAGUUUCGUUGAGUUUGGUCCUGGAAGUACUGGCUUGACGUGCAAUGGCAUUCAGGAUUCUGCUGUUACUCAAAACUCAAACAAUCCAAAGACUUUUGUUCAAGUUAAAUGGCAAGCACAGGAAAAUGGAUCCUCUUCAUUCUUUGUGCGAGCCACAUUUGUUCAAGAUUUCAAAACAUUUUGGAGUCCAGUGAUUGUCACUAUACAGACACCAGCUUCAACAACACAGCCACCAACUACAACACUAACUUCCAAGCCCAGUACAGAACAACCAAGUACAGACCAACCAAAUACAGAACAACCAACUACACAACAAACAAUAACAGAACAACCAACUACAGAACAAACAAGUACAGAACAACCAAGUACAGAACAACCAAGUACCGAACAACCAAGUACCAACCAACAAAGUACAGAACAACCAACUACAGAACAAACAAUAACAGAACAACCAACUACAGAACAAACAAGUACAGAACAACCAAGUACAGAACAACCAAGUACCGAACAACCAAGUACCAACCAACAAAGUACAGAACAACCAACUACAGAACAAACAAUAACAGAACAACCAACUACAGAACAAACAAGUACAGAACAACCAAGUACAGAACAACCAAGUACCAACCAACAAAGUACAGAACAACCAACUACAGAACAAACAAUAACAGAACAACCAACUACAGAACAAACAAGUACAGAACAACCAAGUACAGAACAACCAAGUACCGAACAACCAAGUACCAACCAACAAAGUACAGAACAACCAACUACAGAACAAACAAUAACAGAACAACCAAGUACAGAACAACCAAGUACCGAACAACCAAGUACAGAGUUACCAAGUACCAACCAACAAAGUACAGAACAACCAACUACAGAACAAACAAUAACAGAACAACCAAGUACAGAACAAACAAGUACUACAAAUCCAAAUCCUAAGAAGUUGAUCUUUGCCCUGUCCAUUUCUUCUCUGGCUCCAGCCAGUUUGAAUAAUUUGACGAUACAGACGGCUAUUGAAAAGGCUAUAAGGGCACUUAUUAAUGAGACCAUGGGUAGUGGUGACCUUUCCUACAUGGUCCUAACGUUUAAAAUCAAAUAAGAACCAAAAAUUGAAGACUUCUAAGGAUUACUAAUGGAUGGUUUGAGGUUAUUACACAACUGGACCUUUCAUAUAUUUAAUAAUAAAUGAUUAAUUAGAAUUUGCCACCAGUAAUAACAGAUUAUUAAAAUGAUUGGAACAUAUAUGCUUUCUUUAUACAGAGACUGCUGUCAUUGUGAAAAUUAUAGGUAUCAUGUUGAAAGGAAAUAUAGCUGUAGUGGGCUCUGCUCUAUUAAAUGUUGAUGAUUGUGUUGUCAGUGUUGAACAAAUCUCUACACUUGUACCUUCAAUAAUAUCUGUUUUUCCGGCAAUAAAAAUAAUAAUUAAUAUGACGACAUACAGGGAAUACUCAAAAACGGCUAGUCUGAACUUUGUUUUUUCCAAGGUGGAGCAGAAUACCUAGUGUUAGUUUUACAACCAACGAAAUUUCUAGCUACUGGGGGAGCAUAGGUAGGCUAGCGGAACUUAUAAUAAUGUUAGGAAACCUCAGAAAGUGAAAUUUUCCUGCCAUGGGAUCUUUGAGCGACUUUGAGGAUUUAGAUAAGCGCUAUAUAAGUUCAAUGUAUUAUUAUUAUUGUUAUUAUUAAAGGUUGGGUAUGGAAUUCGCUUUUUUGGCCAUUUUUGCAAAAUUACUUGAAAUCCUUAUCAUAACCCGCUUACAGCCACUGAGUUAGAAGUACUGACAUGAAAAUUAAACAAGUCAAUCAUCUGUGGAACGGGCAGGGCUCGAAAAACUCCAGCCAAUCAUUUCCAGCGCCACCGAGUUGCAUUGGACAGUAAGUACGUCAAUCAAACGGUCGUACUGCACUCCCCCUCCCCCGCGCCCCGCGCGCGACCCCUUCGUGCAGUACUCGUGACCCAGAGCAAGCUCCUGUUUGUUGUUAUCCUGCGGUAGCUACUGGAACUAGUUAAUCCACAUUUGGACCUAGCAGUAGAAGACAAUUUCCAUGGCAGACAAGACGCCACCAUCCCCACCACCACCACCACCACCAGCAAAGAGAAGGAAAACUCUUUUUCAGAGAGUA